ACCUUACCCCUCAAAUGAAUAAUGGACCGCUCCAUAAAACAGAAAACAACAACAACAAAAGUUAAACUAAGUGUUGUACUUCACAUUCGACGGUCAGGCAGCAGUGAGAUAGUCGGAUAAACAGAUUCCCUGGUGAAACGACCUGUUUAGAAUCAAGCCAGCCACUCUUGAGGGAUGGAGAACACGACCACCCCGUUGUCUAACGACACAGACGUGGAGGUCCUUCCCCAGUAUGUCGGCUUCAUCUGCUGCGGGUUAGCCUCCAUCUUGUUUGCCACCAACUAUGUACCAGUCAAGAAGUUCGAAACGGGUGAUGGAAUGUUUUUCCAGUGGGUGUUGACUAAUGGUAUCCUCAUCACCGGUUUUGUGAUCCAGGCAAUCCGGCUGUCACGUUUUUACCCAAUCGUCAUGGUCGGGGGCUCAUUGUGGGCCACAGGAAACGUUGUUGUGGUCCCAAUCGUGAAGACCAUCGGACUUGGACUUGGCAUCUGUGUCUGGGGCUCCGUGCAGUUGCUCGUCGGUUGGGGCAACGGCAGGUUCGGGCUGGUGGGCAUCGACGCCGAGAUCCCCAACAACAUCACCUUGAACUACGUCGGUGUGUCCCUCUCUCUCGUCAGUACAGUGAUCUAUGCGUUUGUCAAGCCAGAUAUUCAACCUAUCACCAUGGAGUUGACAAUACCAGGACCUGACGAAGAGGCGGCCGACAGUAAGGAGAUCCGCAUGUCUGAGCCAAAAGACGGUGACAUGGAAGGAAAUGCCCCUAUAAAACCGUCCCCCGGACAAAUGUCUAUAGAAAGAUGGUCGCCUGUUAAGAAGAAGAUAACUGGGAUCGUUCUAUCUGCAAUCUCCGGUGUGCUCUACGCCUUCCAGUUCAUCCCGGCCAGAUACAUGCAGGAACAUGAGAAAGACAACGGUGCCAGUCAGAACUUACUCGACUACGUGUUCGCUCACUAUUGCGGUAUCUACCUCGCCUCAACCGUCUACUUCGUCAUCUACGCUCUCUUCCGGCGCAACCGACCCACGGUGUACUCCCAGGUGGUCGUCCCGGGGCUAGUGUCGGGCUUGAUGUGGGGGGUAGGGGGUGUCGGGUGGUUCAUCUCCAACAUGGCUCUCUCAGACCCUGUCUCCUUCCCAAUCAUCUCUACCGUCCCUAUGGGAAUCUCGCUUCUGAUUGGAGUGUUGGCCUUCAAGGAAAUCAAGGGACGUCGCAAUAUCAUCAUCGUUCUCGUCGCCAUGACGUUCACCAUAGCUGGGGCGGUAUUGGCCGGCGUCUCAAAGACGUGAUGCCAUGACUGUUGGGAGGCAUGAAUACUCGGACUACAACAUGACAUGACGCCGUCUGUCGGGACUGCACGCUCUUCACCAUUACAACAUCCGGAAUUUACUACUAUUGUUAACAUAAUCUCAUCAAAAUUAGAUAGUUGUGGUCGAUACCGACAAACUGAGGAUUUCACAUUUCAGACCACAUCAGGGCGUCCUUUCGCGAACUUUGAUCGGUAAAUGAUCAACCGUAAAAUCGAUAUCAGCCAAUCACGGUCCACUUGCACGGAGCAAUCUUUGCGCUAUGUACAACCAUCUUAAGUUGUGUUAAAGUAUCGGAAUUACGAUCAUCGUAGAGCUAAAAUCGCUUUGUGCAAUUGACUCCUGAAUCUCUCGAUUUUUUCGGCACUAGUUUAAGAAUGGUGAAUCUUCUUUCUGGACAGUACGUAUUAUACACUUCUACACUUGUUAACAAAGAUCUCUAUUCUGUUAAUCUGAAAACUGAUCAAAACAAAGUGUCUAACAGACGAUAUAUAUUGUAUGGUGGAAUUCACCACGUUCGCUGGAAAAUGUUUCAGUGGGUAUGUCCCCUUACAGUCCAUGACUGUCGUUAGGAAUGCCUGCUGGUAACCUUUUUUAGAUUAAUGAUUACACUUAAACACAUUUGGACAUUCCCUGACCCUCAUAAGCGACGUUUUGACCGGUCAAGAUGAAAGGCCGUUCAUAAUAGAAUUAAGAUCUUUGUGUAGCCGUUUGAAGACCUGUGUUCAAAGAGCUUACUAAGAUAAAACAAGACAAGACAGUGUUAUCAGAUCGUGAGAGAUUUCUAUUUAACUUAAAAACAAAAACUUGUUUAAUUUGAGGGUACAUCACCAACAGACUGUUGUUACAUCACGAACAGGUUGUUACAUCACGAACAGGUUGUUGUUACAUAUCGAACAGAUUGUUGUUACAUCACGAACAGGUUGUUGUUACAUAUCGAGCAGAUUGUUGUUACUUAUUGAGCAGAUUGUUGUUACAUAUCGAACAGAUUGUUGUUACAUCACGAACGGGUUGUUGUUACAUAUCGAUAAGAUUGUUGUUACAUCACGAACAGGUUGUUGUUACAUAUCGAGCAGAUUGUUGUUACAUCACGAACAGGUUGUUGUUACAUAUCGAUAAGAUUGUUGUUACAUCACGAACAGGUUGUUGUUACAUAUCGAGCAGAUUGUUGUUACAUCACGAACAGGUUGUUGUUACAUAUCGAGCAGAUUGUUGUUACAUCACGAACAGGUUGUUGUUACAUAUCGAGCAGAUUGUUGUUACAUCACGAACAGGUUGUUGUUACAUAUCGAUAAGAUUGUUGUUACUUAUUGAGCAGAUUGUUGUUACAUAUCGAGCAAAUUGUUGUUACUUAUUGAGCAGAUUGUUGUUACAUAUCGAGCAGAUUUUUGUUACAUAUCGAGCAGAUUAUUGUUACAUCACGAACAGGUUGUUGUUACAUCACGAACAGACUGACUGUGUGUUGUAUUGGUGGAGGCGGUGUGAAUUAUUAUUGUUUAUUUUAAUAUUGCUUUUGUAUUAACCCAGAAAUUGAAAGCAAAGCUCAACAGUAGCUUGACGUCAGGCUACUAUGAAUAACCCAGGAAUACUUUAUUGCAGGGUUUUAGCGCCUUUGACUUGCAUCUUAAAAUGCAUACGUAUGUCCAAUGCUUCUUUUCUGUUUGAACGAGUCUAAUGAUAUUGUUGU